AUGGCCACGUUGAUACACAAAAUUUCCAUUAAUGAAAAUUCAUUAAUAAUCGAUGUCUUUGAUAGAACAGAUGGAAAUAUUCGAAUUGAAGACAAUGGCCGAGUGAUCAUUCAUGAUCAGUCAGUCCAUGAUUCAGCAGCUCGUGGUAGAUGUGAAUAUUCUUCGGGACAACAGCGGUUUCGAUUUAAAAUUGAACAACUUGAUGGCAACAAAUGGGCUUUUUUUGGAAUUGUAUCAAAAAAUGCUGCUAUUCAGCGACAGUCAUACUACACUCUCACUACUUAUGGUUGGGCCGGACGAAAUCAAGUCUACUUAAAUGGUGUUCAGAACAUCGGACAUUCCGAGAACAAUACACCAACUGAACAUGCUAUUCUCAUUCAUGAUUAUGUGCGUGACUCAAUACCAUUUGGAUGGAGUGGUCGAUUUUGGAAUGAAACUGCUUCAGAUGUCAUUAAAACAGGUCGAGGAUUUUGCAAUACAAAAUCAUCUUUAUUUGCUGCUUUGUUGCGAGCAGUUGGUAUUCCUUGUCGAUUACAAUUUGUCGAUAUCAAUACGCAAAUCUUACAUGGCUUAGUAGAUCCGAGCAUAACAUAUGAAUUGCAUACAUAUACAGAUUUUUUUAAUAUAGAACAGCAACGUUGGUGCCAUGUUGAUAGUUAUAUUGUUGAUACUGCACUAGUAUCAGCAGCUAAAGAAAAACUAGUUCAGGAAAACACAAUAAUCGGCUAUGGUCUUCAUCGAGAUGGUCAAAGUGAAUGGAAUAGUAUUGACAACACAUUCAUUCAGUACGUUACAAAUAGUGAACAGAAUGAAAAACUCGAACGACCAUUAACAAUACAUAAAUAUGGACAUUUUGCUGAUAUUGGAGCUUUUUAUGAAGCUGCUGAUCAACAUGGAGUUCAAGAUCGAUUAAGCAAUCGAUUGUUCAAAUGGAUAUUUCCUUUGCUAAUUAUGCCAAGAAAUCGAGCUGUUGAAAAUUUGCGGAAACGAUAG